AUGAUGACAUCACACGGGAAGCUGAGGAUGCAGAGAGGGAGUCUGUACGAGUAUGACUCCCAGAUAAAAGGUGAGAACAUACAACUAUACAUGUCUCUGUGUGUGUGGGUAUUCAUACAUACACUGCAUCUAAUGUCUGAUUGCUCCUGUUGUCAUGUGUGUUCAUAUACGUAUGUGAAUGUGUCACUGGUGGGAUCUGAAUCCUGGUCUCCCACAGGAGAAACCAAAGUCUUACCAUUAGACCAAAAGGUUAUUCCCUCUUAGGCGAUAGUGAUUUUGAAGUAGCAGGCAGGGCUACCUCACCACGAGACUAUGAGCCCGACUCAGGUCCGCUACAUUCACCCGCCUUUGACUUCCUCCUCCAUGAGACAUCGUCCCACAGUUGGGCGCCAUUUUCACAAGUGGGAUUUGAAUCCUGGUCUCCCACAGGGCUACCUCAUCACGAGACCGUGAGUCAUGUCCGCUACGUGUUGACGUUGUGUGUGGUGUUGUGUGUGUGUGUGUGUGUGUGUGUGUGUGUGUGUGUGUGUGUGUGUGUGUGUGUGUGUGUGUGUGUGUGUGUGUGUGUGUGUGUGUGUGUGUGUGUGUGUGUGUGUUUGUGUAUAGACCUGCGGGCCCAGCUGUGUGACCAGAUGAAGGUUCUGGACAGUCAGGUGGAAGUCAAAGGUCAACAGCUGUCUGACCUGUCUGAGUUCUUCCGUCGUCGUGGCGACAUCGAGGCAGAGUACGCCCGCGCCCUCGACAAACUCACAGAGCGGUUCACCCUGAAGACCAAGAGGUGUGUUUGUGUGUGAAAACAUUUUAUUCUUCGCAUUGUUUAUUCAAUGUUAUUGUUUGAUCAGAGAUUAUACUGACCAGCAGACGUUAUUAUUGAUGUAAUGUUGGUAUAGGAAACUCAACAAUAAUAUCAUGUUCAUUUCUUUAACUCUCUCCCUCUCGCUUCCCUCUGUUCUCCCCCCUCUGUAUCCCCCCUCUGUCUCUCCCCUCUGUCUCCCCCCUCUGUCUCUCCCCUCUGUCUCUCCCCGUCUGCCUCCCCACCCUCCCCCCUGUAGGAAGGAGCAGAGCUGUCAGUCGGUGUCUCAGUGUUGGUCAGUUCUGUUGACUCAGACACGUGCAGAGAGCAGAGAACACGCUGCGCUGAGUGACUCCUGCUCACACACACUCACACAGCGACUCACACACUGCUCCGAGGACACACACCGACUGGCUAAACGGGUACACAUAUUCAUACUUACAGUCCCUAGAAAAUGAUCUACCCACUUUCGUUGCCUUCCAGCCAAGUCUAUGUAUUUUUUACUGAUCUACACAACUCCACAAUAUAAUAGUGAAAAUGUGAUAGUUUUGAUUGUCUGAUGACUGAUUUGUCUCUGAUGACUGAUUUGUCUCUGAUGACCGAUUCGUCUCCGACUGAUUUGUCUCUGACUGAUUAAUCUCUGAUGACCGAUUCGUUUCCGACUGAUUCGUCUCCGACUGAUUCGUCUCUGAUGACUGAUUCGUCUCUGAUGACCGAUUCGUCUCCGACUGAUUUGUCUCUGAUGAAUGAUUCGUCUCUGAUGACUGAUUUGUCUCUGACUGAUUAAUCUCUGAUGAAUGAUUCGUCUCUGAUGACUGAUGUGUCUCUGAUGACUGAUUCGUCUCUGAUGACUGAUUUGUCUCUGACUGAUUAAUCUCUGAUGACUGAUUUGUCUCUGACUGAUUAAUCUCUGAUGACUGAUUUGUCUCUGACUGAUUAAUCUCUGAUGACUGAUUUGUCUCUGACUGAUUAAUCUCUGAUGAAUGAUUCGUCUCUGAUGACUGAUGUGUCUCUGAUGACUGAUUUGUCUCUGAUGACUGAUCCGUCUCUGACUGAUUAAUCUCUGAUGACUGAUUUGUCUCUGAUCUAGAGUAAGGAGGUUGGAGUGCAGAUGCAAGACGAGCUGCUGAAAGUCACCACUGAACUGCAGACGGUACGAACGUACCUUUAGUCACUACAGAUGAGGAUGACAGUAAAAAGAUGGAGAUGGUUUUACCAGCAUUAUAUGUGUAUGUGUGUGUGGUGUGUGUGUGUGUGUGGUGUGUGUGUGUGUGUGUGUGUGUGUGUGUGUGUGGUGUGUGUAUGUGUGUGUGUGUGUGUGUGUGUGUGUGUGUGUGUGUGUGUGUGUGUGUGUGUGUGUGUGUGUGUGUGGUGUGUGUGUGUGUGGUGUGUGUGUGGUGUGUGUGUGUAUAGGCUCUGAGGACCUACCACCAGUACCAUACUGACAGUCUGAUAGCUGAGGGGAAACUGAAGGAAGCCACACGAUUGGAGGAGAGACAGACGGGCAAGUCCGCUGACCUGGGGAUAACCCAGUCAGGAAGCCAGAGGCGGAGCUCUGUGAAGAAGAUGGAGAAAAUGAUGGAAAAGGCAUGACCACAGAUCUCACAGUGUCUGGAUAGGUGUAUAACGUAACAGCUAAACCACAUCCUUUUAUAUAGCGAUCUAAUGCACGACUUCACAGUCGAUGACGUGGCACAUAAGCCAUUUGUUGUUGCAACGCAACGUCUGCAAUGUAGUCGGCCUGGAGCGUGUUUUGUCGAGUUUUGAGUCAGACAUCCUGUGCCACAUGAAAACCACACACAAUGGAACAAUAAUGUGAGCUCCAGUAAUGUGUGUGUGCUCCACAGAGACAUGGCAGAGUGCAGGAGACCCAGCUGAAGUGCACUAAGGCUCGUAAUGACUAUCUGCUGAACCUGGCAGCUGCCAACGCAACUAUGAACAAGUACUAUCUACAGAACCUCAGCACACUCAUAGACGUGAGUUAUUGUGUGUCUGUCUGUCGGUCUUUCUGUUGUUGGUCUGUAUGUCUCUCUGUAGGGAGGAGGGAGGGAAGUAUGUAUGCUAAGGAUGUAUGGAGGGGUGCGGCCACGGGAGUGUGUACGGAUGUGUGUGGGAUAUGGUGUCGUGGGGGGGUGGGGGGGGGAUGUGGGUUGGUGGGGUAUGAGCGUGUAUACGGGUAUGUGGUUGUGUGUUUGCUGGUAUAGAUAGGGGGGUGGUGGGGUGUGUGUAUAGGUUGUGGUGUGGGUGUGUGUCAGUAGGUGUGUGUUGUGGAGGUCGUGUGGGGGUUGUAUAUAUGGAGGGGCGUGUUGUUGGUGUGUGUUGUAUGUGUAUGGUGUCUUGUUUGUGUGUUGGAUUUUGUGGGAGGGUGGAGGGGUGGUCGGUUGUUUGGGGUAGAAGGGGCAAGGGAGUGGGUGGGUGGGUGAUGGGGCGGAAUCAUGGGGUGGGGGGGCAGUGGGUAUGUGGGGGGAGGUGGAUGUGUGAUGGGGGGCUAGCGUGGACGUGGGGGAGAGGCGGGCCGGGUGGGUAGGGGUGUUGGGGGGUGUGGCCGGCGACAACCAGGGGUGGGUAGGGGUGUGUUGUAGUAUGUGGUGGUGUAUGGGGUGCGGUGAUUGGGGUAUGUAUGGGUGUGUAUGCGUGGGUGUGGUGUGUGCGGGGGUGGAUGUGGGGGGCUGGGUGUGGGUGUGUGGUGAGGUUGAUGUGUGUGUGAGGGUGUGGGGGUAUUGGGGUGGCUGUUUUGUUGUGGUAAUAUGUGUAUGGAGGUGGGGUGUGUGUAUGUAUGUGUGGUGUGUGUGUGUAUGGGGGUGUCUGUGUUGGGUGUCUGUGUGGGUCUGGUGUGUGAUGUGUGUACUGUAUUGUGUUGUGUGCUGUUGUUAUGUUUGUGUAUGUGUGUGUGUGUGUCUGUGUGGUCUGUGUGUGUGUGUGUGUGUGUCUGUAUGUGUGUGUGUGUUCUAUGUUUGUGUAUGUGGUGUAUGUAUGUGUGUUGUGUGUGUGUGUGUGGUGUCUGUCGUGUGUCUGUGGUGUGUGUGUGUGUCUUGUGGCGGUGGGUGGGCAGGUGUAUGUGGGUAGGGAGGGUGGGGUGGGGGGGGGGGGUGUGUUGGGUCGGGGGUGGGGGUGGGGGGGUCUGUGUGUUGGGUGUGUUUCGUCGGGGGGGGGGGUGGGUAGACUGUGUGGUGUGGCUAUGGGAUUGUGGCUGGUGGUGGGGGUAAUCCACCGGGAUAUUAUAAAUGUGUACAGGAAAAUGAGUGGAAUCUCGGCUCUCGCUCACACCAACGAGAGCGAUGCGACGGACGAGAGGCAAGAGAAAGAAGAGAUGGGGGGAGAGAAAGAGAGAGAGAGAGAAGAGGAAGAGAUAGAGAGAGAGAGAAAGAGGAAGAAGAGAGGGAGCAAGGGAGGGAGGAGAGAGGAAGGAGAGAGGGAGAGAGAGAGAGAGAGAGAGAGGGAGAGAAAAGUAGAGAGAGCUAAUAGAGAAGAGAUGAGAGAGAAGAGAUAGAUAUGCACUUCUCACUCCCUACUCCCUCUUACAAUUCCUGCAGCUCCCUUUUACUCUCUCUAUGGUUCUAUCUCUAUUCCUCUCGCUCUUCUAUCAUCCUCUUCUCUCUCUCUCUGUCUCUUCUCUCUCUCUCUCUCUCUCUCUCUAUAUCCUCUCUCUCUAUCUUCUCUCUAUCCUCUCUCACUCUCUAUUCGUUCUAUCUCGCUCUCUCCUCUCUCUCUCUAUCUCUGUCUCUCGCGCCUAUACUCUCUCUCUAUCUCUCUUCUCUCUCUAUCUCGCUCUCUCUCUCGCUCUUUCUCUCUUCCUCUCCCUCCAUUCAAUCUCUCUUGUCAUCUAUUUCUCUCCGUUGUAGGACUGGGGUUCCACCUCUCCUUGGAGCGAGUGAUAAGGUCAUACCUGGCCAGCAGGGGGCGUGUCCUGAAGUCUGAGGAGGCAGGGCUGAAGCAGCUGGAACAGGAAGUGACAUCACUGGAUCAGGGCGGAGACAGAGACGCUCUCCUACAGAACCACGACACAGCGUUCUGCCUGCCCUUCCGCUUCAGUUACCAUCCCCAUGAGGGAGACCAGGUACACACACACAUUCAGUUGAUUAGGUGAUGACCGUGACAGAGUUGAUCAGAAGUAUGGAGCUGGUGACAGGAACAGGAAGAGCUGUUCUUCUACUAUAUCACAUGACACGAAUCAAAUCAAAAUCAAAUCAAAUGUUAUUUGUCACACGCUUCGUAAACAACAGGAGUAAACUUACAGUAAAAACUAACAGGGGGGGGGGGGGCGGAGGUCAAUGCAUAUAGUCCAGGUAGCUAUUUGGUUAACUAUUUAGCAAAUAGUGGCUUUGGUGGUAGAAGCUGUUCAGGGUCCUGUUGGUUCUAGGCUUGGUGCAUCGGUACCGCCUGUUGUUAUACCCGUAGUGUGUGUGUUCCAGGUGAACGAGGUGAGUGCGGAGAGCCAGGUGAGGUACGAGUUAGAGACCAGGUUCCAACAGCUCCAGUCCCGCCUCUCCACCGAAACCUUGGAAACAGAGGAGGUGAGGUCAUCACUCUAUUCUCCGUCUUUCUAUCGAUCCGUCGAUCAAUCGAUUUAUCGAUUUUCUAUGUAAUGGAUCUAUUUUACAGGUCACUAAGACACUCAAAGCGACCCUCUCCGCUCUGUUGGACAGUAUGUGUGACAGUGACAGUAAUCCCGCCCCUGACCUGCCCAUCAGCCUAUCACAUGACCCCAUGGGAGCUGCCUCCGCCUCCAAACUAGCCCUUGCCAAGCGGAGAGCCAAUCAGCAGGAGACAGAGACAUUCUACUUUAUGGUGAGGACAUCCCGAUUGGUCAGGGGAAGGUCCUGAUUGUAGUCUAAUUGUAGUAUUAUGGAUUGCGUCUUUGACCAACUGGGUUUGAAACCGGGACAUCUGAACAACACAAGACUGUGUUAGCCCACUGAGCUAAAGCUGUGUAAAGGUAAAAGAGUGUAUCUGUGUUUCCGUCGUUUGUCAGAAAGUGAAGGAGUAUCUGACUGGAAGCUCCCUGAUCUCCAAACUACAGGCUAAACAUGACCUGCUGCAGGAGGCCAUACAAAAAGGUGCUACUACUGUACUACUACUGUACUACUAGUAUACUACAAAAUCUUUAAAAAUACUACUUCUAAUACAUAGACACAAAACUACUUCCACACUGUACAAUACAAUAUACUUAUAACGUCUAACUGUAAUUGAUACUACACACAAAAACGAAAACAAACACAAAAAAACGCCCCUACCUUACUACGAUUACUAAUAGGGACUUACUAUGUAACUAGAACUACUACUAAUUUCACUAUAUAAUACAUAAUAACAUAAUAUACGUCCUACUAGUCUAAUACUGUCUAUAUAUACUACAACUGUACUAAACUGUACUUUCUACUGUACAUACACAUAACAAAUUUCGUACUACUACUAUAUAUACUGUUCUACUAAUUCAAUAUGUACUCUACUAUUAAAAUUUUCCCCUUUACACAUUAUACUAACUAUAUACAAUUAUACUAAUAAAUUAUAACUGUUAACUAUAUGUAUUUCCACUACUUUAAAAAAUUUUCACACCAAAACCCCAACCCCCCCAGAAACCAGAAACUCAACAACGAAUAAAAACCCCCAAACCCCCAGACCCCGGGGGAACCCGACCCCCCGGAAAUUUGAUUUCCGGCCCCCAAAUGACCGGCCCGGGCUUUGGGGAAAACUUUGGUUUUUAAAAGAAGAAUAGAAAGGAGAAGAAAAACCACCCUCCCGGGGCUAACCCCCCUUGCCCCCAAAACCCCAUUGCCCACCUUUUUCUCCGCCCCCCCCCCCUCCCAUUUCCCCCCCCCAAAAAACCCCCCCCCCUUUGGUUUUUCCGCACCGUUUGGGAAGGGGGGAAAAGGGAGAGAAGGAGAGAGAGGGGGAGAGGAAGAGGAGAGAGGGGAGAGGAGAGAGAGAGAGAGGAAGAGAGAAGAGAGAGAGAGAGAGAGAGAGAAGAUGAGAGACCACAGAUAGAUGAGACAGAUGAGAGAGAAAAAGAGAGAGAGAUCCAAAUCCUAGCAACACUACAUUUUUUAUUGUUGAAAACCAUGAUGUGUGUAUGUUUGCGUGUGUGUAUCAGUGUAUGAUGUGGAGUGAGGCGGUAUAUCUCCCAGGAAUGCAGUUGUAGGGUCACGUCGCGCACUAUGAUGCGCGGUCCAGACCAUGUUUCCAUGUCCUGAGCGCCACUCUCUUCACUUGAUAUGCUGGGUCAGUACAGGUAACACAGCACAACCACUCAAUAUUCAUAAUGCUAAUAUGUCAUAAUGCUAAUAUGUGUUGGAGAGAUAUACAGUGUGUGAACGGAACUUUCAGGGCAUCUACUGUAUCUCCCUGGUCCAAAACAAAAACUAACAGUUUGAAUAAACAUUGGAAACAUGUCAUGAAGUAUGUAUUUGUUCUCUCUACUCUCUCUCUGUCAUUGUCUCUGUCCUCUGAUCUCUGUCCUGUCUUCUGUCUCUGGUCUCUGAUCUAGUCGCGGUCUCUGCCACUCUCUCUCUCUCUUCACUCGCCUCAAUUCUCCUCUCUCUGAGAGCUUGAACAGUAGUCUCUCCUACUCCUGGUGAUAUUAAACAGUAGUCUCUCUCCAUACUCCUGUUGUGAUAAUUAAACAUAGUCUCACUCAACUACUCCUGUCUGAGAUAUUAAACAGUAGUCUCUCUCCUACUCCUGUCUGAGAUAUUAAACAGUAGUCUCUCUCCGACUCUGUCUGAGAUAUUAAAACAGUAGUCUCUCUCCUACUCUGUGUGAUAUUAAACAUAGUUUAGUUCUCUCUCUCCUACUCCCUGUCUUGCGAUCUUAAACAGAGUCUCUCCUCCUACUCUGUGUGAUGUGACUAUGAAACAGUAGUACUUAUCUCUCCCUACUCCUUUCCUGGUCUGAGAUCUUAAACAGUAUAGUCUCUUCUCCUAACUCCUGUGUGAUAUUAAACAGUAGUAAGUAGAGUAGUCAUCUCUCUAUCUGCCUCUCUGAACGAGCUGUGAAAAGUAGUCUCUCACCCUUACUGCGGUCUGAAACGAUAUUAAACGUCUAGUCUCUCUCACGAUCCAUGACAUGUGAGAUUCUUAAACAGUUGGUCUUCUUCCUACGUCCUGUCUUGGAGAAUGUCUUAAACGUAGUCUCUCUCCUUAUUACCGUCUGAGAUCUUAAACAGUAGUCUCUGCUCUCUAUCCUGACGUGUGAGACAUAGAAUCAGUAUCUCUCUCCUACUCCUGUUGUGAUAUUAAAACAGUAGGUCUCUCUCUCUACUCCUGUGUGAUAUUAAACGAGUGUAGUCUCUCUCUACUCGUCUGGGAGCUCUAAUACAGGUAUCGUCCUCUCCUACUCCGUGACUGAGAUCUUAAACAGUGGUUCUCUCUGACCACUCCUGUGUGAUAUUAAACAGUAGUCUCUCUCCUACUCCUGUGUGAGAUCUUAAACAUUAGUCUCUCUCCUAUUCAUGUGUGAUAUUAAACAGUAGUCUCUCUCCUACUCCUGUCUGAGAGCUUGAACAGUAGUCUCUCUCCUACUCCUGUCUGAGAGCUUGAACAGUAGUCUAUCUCCUACUCCUGUCUGAGAGCUUGAAAAGUAGUCUCUCUCCUACUCCUGUCAGGAGGUCUUAAACAGGGGGUCUCACUCUCCCCUACUCCUGGGUGAUAUUAAAAAGUAGUUAUCUCCUACUCUGUGUGAUAUUUAAUCAGUAGUUCUCUCCUACUACGGUGUAAUGUAAUAUAAACUGUAGUCUCUCUCCUACUCCUGUGUGAUAUUAUUCAGUAGUCUCUCUCCUACUCCUGUGUGAUAUUAAACAGUAGUCUCUCUCCUACUCCUGUCUGAGAUCUUAAACAGUAGUCUCUCUCCUACUCCUGUGUGAUAUUAAACAGUAGUCUCUCUCCUACUCCUCUCUGAGAGCUUGAAAAGUAGUCUCUCUCCUACUCCUGUCUGAGAUCUUAAACAGUAGUCUCUCUCCUACUCUGUGCUGUGAGAAUCUAAACAGUUUGUCUCUCUCCACCUACUCCGUGUCUGAGUCUUAAAACAGUAGUCUCCUUCCAUCAUACCCGGUCUGAGAUCUUAAACAGUAGUCUCUCUCCUACUCCUGUGUGAUAUUAAACAGUAGUCUCUCUCCUACUCCUGUGUGAUAUUAAACAGUAGUCUCUCUCCUACUCCUGUGUGAUAUUAAACAGUAGUCUCUCUCCUACUCCUGUGUGAUAUUAAACAGUAGUCUCUCCUAAACUGUCUGAAGGAUCUUAAACAGUAGUCUAUCUCCUAUUCAGGUGUGAUAUUAAAACAGCUAGUCUCUACCCUACUCCUGUCUGAGAGAGCGUGAACAGUAGUCUCUCUCCUACUUCCUCUCUGAGGAGACUUGAAAAGUAGUAGACUCUCCUCCUACUCCGUCUGAGAUCUUAAAACAGUGUCUCUCUGCUACUCCUGUGUGAUAUUGAACGGUAGUCGCUCUCCUACUCCUGUCUAAGCAUCUUAAACAGUAGCUGCUCCUAUCCUGGUGAUAUUUAAACAGUAGGUCUAUAUCCUACUCCUGUGUGAUAUAAACAAUAGUCUCUCUUUCCUACUCCUAUGUCUAAGAUCAAAACAGUAGUCUCUCUAUACCCGUCUGAGAUCUUAAAAGUAGUCUCUCUCCUCUAAUGUUGUGAAUUAAACAGGAGUCUCUCUCAUAGCUCCUGUGUGAUAGUAGUUAAACAGUAGUCUCUCUCCUAUCCGAUGAUAUUAAAACAGUAGUCUCUUCUCAUACUCCUGGGUGUUGAUAUUAAACCAGUGAGGUCUCGUCUCCUAAGCCUGGUGAUAAUUAAACAGUAGUCCUCUCUCCUAACUCCUGUGUGAUAGACUAACAGUCGGUCUUCUCCUACUCCUGGUGUGAAUUAAAAACAGACGCCGCAGUCUCUGUCCCUACUCAUGGUGUGAAUAUAUUAAAACAGUGGGUCUCUUCUCCUCCGACUCCUGUGUGACAUGACGUAAAACAUAGGUCUCUCUCCUUACUCCUGUUGAUAUUAAACAGAUAUAGUCUGUCUCCUUACUCGGCUGCAGUGAUAUUAAACAAGUCUCUCUCCUUUUUAUACCUCAUGGUGUAGAUAUCUAACCAAUGGCAGUCUCUCUCCUCACUCCUGUUUGCGUUGCAGAUAUUUAACAGUAGUCCUCUGUAUCUCUAAUCAUGGCUGUGGUAGAGGCGUAUUGUGCCUGUUCCCUGAAUUGCGCUUCUUAUCACCCAUGACUUUAUAAUCUUCUUGACUUCAAUCUCUCCCUUGCUACUCCUUUAUGUGGUCCUAAUUCCCACCUGCUCGCCGUGCUUGGACGGCCGUGCAGUGUACCGGCGGAAACCAGAAAGAGGAGGAGAAUGAGAAUAGGUCUAGAUCAACAGAGUAUUUAUGUAGGGGACUCUAUGCUCAUGGUGGGGUGUGGGAGAGGGUGGGGGGCGGGGGGGGGGAAGAAGAGGCGAGCGAGCGCGAAGAGAGAAAGUGUAUAUUUAGAUUUAAUAGAUAAAUGGCUAGAGAAGAAUGAAGGAUCUAUGUAAUCGAUAUAAAUAAGAACGUACGAGAAGCGUGAGUACGAUGAUACGGACGAAGAAAUGUGAGGGAGAGGGAGAGGGAGACGCGAGAAAGGGUGGAGAGCGAGAGUGCGAGAGAGCGAGCGACGCGAGACGCGCGAGAGAAAAAUAGAGGGAGAGGAGAACGAGAGAGCGGAGAUCUCUAUAUCUCUCUCUCUCCUCUCUCUCUCUCUCUCUCUCUCUCCUCUCUCUCUCUCUCUCUUCUCUCUCUCUCUCUCUCUCUCUCUCUCUCUCUCUCUCUCUCUCUCUCUCUCUCAGAGUUCAGGGCAGCAGAUUCCUGUGGUAGUUGAAAGCUGCAUUCGCUUCAUAAAUCUUCACGGUCUGCACCAUGAGGGGAUAUUCCGUGUUCCAGGGUCCCAGAGAGAGGUCAACCACAUCAGAGAUGUAUUUGAGAGAGGUACACACAGUCACAUUGGAAAUGAUUGGCUCCCUUGAUAAAUAUUAGCAAAAAAUACUGUAUAAAAAUAAAUAAUACAAAUACUGAGCUAGAGUUUUUAUUUAAAAAAAGAAUUUCUCAAAUAAAAAUAUUUUGUUUAACAAGUAAUAAAAAAAAGUUCAACAUGAUUGGCACCCGUUUUCAAAACUUUUUGCACCCUCCCCUUGUGAGGAUAACGGCACUGAGCCUUUUUCUAAAAUGUUUUAUGAGAUUGAAUAACACAUUGGGAGGGAUCUUAGGCAUUCCUCCGUAUAAAAUCUUUCCAGAUCCUUAAUAUCCUUCGUCUGCGCUUAUGGACUGCCCUCUUUAAUUCAAACCACAGGUUUUCAAUGGGGGCUCAAGUCCGGUGACUGAGAUGGCCAUUGCAAAAUGUUCAUUUUGUGUUCAAUUAACCAAUUUCUUUGUGGAUUUUAAUGUGUGCUUGGGGUCAUUGUCUUGCUGGAAGAUCCACUUGCGGCCAGGUUUCAGCAUUCUUGCGGAGGCAACCAGGUUUUUGGCUAAAAUGUCCUGGUACACCGUAAAGUUCAUGAUGCCGUUGACCCACUGCUGGUGUGCGAGGCUAAAGAGCUUUGUUUUUGUGUAAUCUUUUAGCAAACUCCAGGCGUUUACAUUUGUUGGUUACUCUCAAUAAAGUUUUUUUUCAGGCAACCUUUCCAAAGAAUCUAUUGGCAUGGAUGUGUCACGAUCAUCGUAAGAAACGGACCAAUGCGCAGCGUGAUAUGCGUACAUCUUUUAAUGAGUACUUAUAAUAAUAAUAAUAAUAAUAAUAAUAUGCCAUUUAGCAGACGCUUUUAUCCAAAGCGACUUACAGUCAUGCGUGCAUAAAUUUUUUGUGUAUGGGUGGUCCCGGGGAUCGAAUCCCACUACCUUGGCGUUACAAGCGCCGUGCUCUACCAGCUGAGCUACAGAGGACCAAAUAACAAAACGAUAUGUGAAGUCUACAGGUUCACCAACACAAACCUAUACAGAACAAGAUCCCACAAUUAACUGUGCCAAACAGGCUGCCUAAGUAUGGUUCCCAAUCAGAGACAACGAGAAUCAGCUGCCUCUGAUUGGGAACCACCCUGGCCAACAUAGAUCCACACGAUCUAGAACAUAAACCUAGAAAACUAAACAUAGAAACUAACACCCUGGCUCAACAUGAAAGAGUCCCCAGAGCCAGGGCGUGACAGGAUGUGGUGUCUAAUUGUAGAUUUGGAGACUUUGUGACUUCAAGAUGCGACCAAAUUCUGUAAUUCUCCAACUGUGGCCCUUGAACUUCUUUGCCUCCCGAAACAGCUUCCUCACUGUGUGUGGGGACAAGAUACACUUGGGUCCUCUAUUAGGCAAGUUUACCACUGUUCCAGUGGUUAUAAACUUCAAAAUUGUUGCCAUAAUGGUGGUAGUUAUUAUUAAUCAUUAUUAUUAGUACUUUUUGUAUUGCUUGAUUUAUGAAAGUCAACAACCAUUUGUCUCUUUUCAUUUGUGAGUUCUUUCCUUUCCCCAUUGUGAUGGAUGACAAAUGGAUUUUACAUGCACAUUACCUCAUUUUUAUACUCCUGUGAAACAGGAAGCCAUUAAUGGCCACAAUACAGUUCCUUAAACUGAGAUUAACUUUAAAAAGUAGAAUGUUAACGCAGAUAAAAUUUUUGUUUGAUUUUAUUUAUAACAAUCAUUAAUAAUCAUAAAUAAUUUUCACACCUUUCUUUUUCAAGAUUUCUUAAAACUUUAUUUUAAUUUUUUACACAAAAUCUCUUUCUCUGAGCAAUUUUAUUUGUAUAAAAUAAUAUACAGUAACAUUCCCACAUUUUUCUGGCAUACAAUAUAGUAAAGGCAUUUGUAUGAUUUUUUAUCAAUCAUUUUUGCUCAUCUUUAUCAAGGGUGUCAAUAAUUUUGAGGGUGACUGUAGGUGCUGCCUGACACAGGUAUUGGGGAGUGUUGGGUCAGAUGCCCAUGCAAAGAUUAUAUUUGGUGUCACAGUGUGUGUGCGCAUGGAAGUAGAGUUGUCAGCAACAUGUUAGUGCGUUUGUGUGUUUAUGUGUGUGUGUGUGCGUGUGUGUGCGUGUGUGUGUGUGGGGGUUGUGGUGUGUGUGUGUGGAUGUUGGGUGUGUGGUGCGUGUGGUGUGGUGUGUGGUGUCGUGUGUGAUGUGUGGUGGUGUUGUGGUGUGUGUGUGUGGAUGUGUGUGUGGUUGUGUGUGUGUGUGUGUGGUGGUGUUGUGGUGUGUGUGUGUGUUAUGGGUGCGUGUGUGUGUGUGCGUUUUGUGUGUGUAUGUGCGUGUGCGUGUAUGUGUGUGUAGGAGAGGACCCUCUUGCAGACAGUGACUGCGACAUUGAUUCGGUGGCUGGAGUGUUGAAGCUGUACUUCAGAGGCCUGGACCCUCCACUGUUCCCUGACCAGUAUUACUCAGAACUACUGGACUGUGUCCGUAAGUGUCACACACACACACUGUAUAAUAAUAAUCAUUAUGCACUUUACAAUCAUACUGUAUGACUUUCUCUCUCUCUCUGUCUCUUGCUCCUCUCUCCUCUCUCUCUCUCUCUCUCUCAGAGAAUGAGGGAUUGACAGAGAAAGCAGCACAGAUAAAGACAGUUGUCUCUUCCUUCCCUCGGCUGCUCCUCAUCGUCAUACGUUACCUGUUCGCUUUUCUCAACCAGUACGUUUCAGUUUGCACAUUCAUACCCUGAACCUUUACUGACCCAACUCCCUUACACAGCUGUAUAACUUGGCGGUGUGUGUGUGUGUGCGUGUCUGUAGUGUGUCCCAGUACAGUGAUGAGAACAUGAUGCAGCCCUAUAACCUGGCGGUGUGUUUCGGGCCGAGCCUCCUGAGAGGGUCAGAUUCUGGGGAUGUUGUUGCUAGGCAACCGCAGGUCAACGACCUCGUCAAGACCAUGAUCCUCCAGUAUGAUGUCAUCUUCCCCAGCCAAUCAGAGCUGCCCGGUCCUGUGUAUGAGAAACACAUGACUCUGGAGCAGGAGUACUGGUGAGAUAGAGAUACUAACUAGUUUCCUGGUUAUAUAGAGAUACUAACUAGUUUCCUGGUAGAAAGAGAUAUAGAGAUACUAACUAGUAUCCUGGUUAUAUAGAGAUACUAACUAGUUUCCUGGUAGAAAGAGAUAUAGAGAUACUAACUAGUUUCCUGGUAGAAAGAGAUAUAGAGAUACUAACUAGUAUCCUGGUUUAUGGAUAGAGAGCGAUGGAGAUAUACUAACUAGUGAUACAGCCUGGAAUCGAACCAGGGGGUCUGUAGUGACGCCUCAAGCACUGAGAUGCAGUGCCUUAGACCCCUGCACCACUCGGGAGAGCUAGAGAUACUGACUAGUGUCCUGGUUUAUUGAUAGAAAGAGAUGUAGAGAUACUGACUAGUGUCCUGGUUUAUUGAUAGAAAGAGAUGUAGAGAUACUGACUAGUGUCCUGGUUUAUUGAUAGAAAGAGAUGUAGAGAUACUGACUAGUGUCCUGGUUUAUCGAUAGAGAGAUAUAGAGAGAUACUAAUGAGUAUCCUGGUUUAUAGACCAUAAUAAUUUUGUCACAUUUUAACAUAUUUUAUGCUGGCACUACUGACCAUAUUGCUUACAGGAACAGAGAGAGAAAUACUGAUGUUGUCUCUGUUUGUAGUGAACCAAUCACAGAGGAGGGAGAUGGAGAGACUGAACAACUCCACAGUGAGGAUGGUGAGCACACACACACACACACACACACACACAACACCCACACACACACACACACACACCCACACACAAACACACACACACACCACACACACACACACACCACACACACACACACAACACACACACACACACACACACACAACACACACCACACACACACACACACACCACACACACACACCACACACACACACAUACACAAUCAAACACACACUAACGUUUUCUUCCUCCUUUAGAAUGGGAGGCGGUGGCCAUGUUUGAUUACACAGCUCGGUCUGCUACUGAGCUGUCCUUCAAACAAGGGGAGUCCCUCCUCCUGCACAGCAAGGCCUCUUCUGAUUGGUGGAGAGGGGAAGUGGGAGGAGUUAGGGGCCUCAUACCACACAAAUACAUCAGCGUGUUGGAAGGGUGAGUGAAACGUUAACAAUAUCGCUGAGAGACAGUUUAACCAUUUUGAGAAACACCUCUUCCGUCUCUCUUCACUCCCCUUGUUGUCUCUCUCUUCUCCAGAGCGGAGCGAGGGAGGAGGGAGGAGGACAGUGGAGGAAGCACUGGAAACCUGGCUUCAGAAGAGCUUCUGACUGAGAACACAACGCGGUACAUACACACGCGUGCGCUCUGAAGACCCACGAGGGGGUCUAACUGCAUAUAUCAAGAACUAAUAAAGGUCUGUGUGUGUGUGUGGUGUGUGUUUGACAGGCUGCGGGUGAACAGUGACAGUGCUUCGUUGCCUGGGAGACAGAGGGCAGUGGAGAGCAGCGGAAGCCCCGUCCAAAAGAUCCCCCUCUCCCCCAUGACACGCCAAAACACAGGGUAGGACAUGCUACGCAUGCACACACACCACACCUGAAAUGUACCAAAAAACAAUCCAUCAGCAAUCGUUCUUUCUCUCUCCCCCUCUCUCUCGCUCCCUCUCUCUCUCCUUUUUCCCCUCUGUCUCUCUCUGUCUCUCUCUCUCUCAGGAAUCAGGAGCGUAGGCAUACCUUUGACAGUGUGAGGCUGAGAGCAGGAGAGAGACAGACAGAUGGAGGAUUUAUUGACAGACCGGUAGGUGGAGAAUAAGUUAUUUUUGGUGAUGCGCCCUGGAGAUUGCUGAAAUUAAAUACAUUCAAAGAAAUGUAUUUCAGAUAGUUAAUUGGAAGCAUUGCAGAUGUGCAGGUGUUUCAUUUGGAGAUAGGUGGGUCUGGAUACUGUAGGUCUGAGGCCACUCAAACAUCUCUCCUCCUUCCCCCUCUCUCUCUUUCAGGACAUCAGUAAACAGAUGAACUCUGUCUUCAAGGAGCUUCUCUCUCGCCAGCCACCCCUGCAGCCUGCAACCCAUGCCCCUCCCUCCUCUUCUUCCUCCUCCUCCUCUCUCCCUUCCUCCUCCUCCUCUUCCUCCCUCUCCUCCUCUCUCCCAGGGGGCAGGAAGGUGGGGUUUAGCCUCAGGGGGCGGACUCUCUUCAGACCAGCGGACCAAUAG